AUGAAGGCAAAAGACUAUGAUUUCAUUUUCAAAGUAAUUUUCAUUGGAGACUAUGGGUGCGGCAAGUCAAGUAUAUUAAUUAGAUACUGUGACAAGAUUUAUCAUGAAUAUGCAUACACAGCAGGGAGAUUUGAUUUUAAAUUUCACACAGUUAAAAUGCUAGGAAAAACUAUUAAGCUCCAAAUCUGAGAUUAUAACGUCGAUAGAAGGUUCAAUACUUCCUUGCCGACACAAUUAAGGCCUAAGGAUGGAAUUUUUCUUGUAUUUGAUAUAACAAAUAGAAAAUCAUUUAAUUCUGUUAACGGGUGAUAUGAGACAGCAAAGAGCAGUAUAAGCUCUAAUACACCUAUAGUUUUAGUAGGAAAUAAAUGCGAUUUAGAAAGCGAAAGGCAAGUUUCUUAUGAUGAAGCAAAAGAGUUAGCAGAUAAUUUAAAUAUUGUUUAUAUCGAAACAUCUGCAAAGAGAAAUAACAAUAUUGAAGCUGUUUUUAAUUUUUUGACACUUUUAAUGAUAAACAGUUAA